CGUACAAUUGUGUUCUUGUUCGCACACGUUCGUUAUUGAUCGUUACGUUUCUCAAUAAAUUGUUAAGACGUUCAAAAUCGUAUAAUUAAGAACACUCGCUAGUCUGUACGUUGCACAAUAUCCUCAUACUUCAUUUCUCUCGACCAUCGUAAUCCUCUUUUGGUUUAUCGUGUGCUAAUGCGUGGUAUUUCAGAAAGCUCUCCUACUCGCGCAAUGGCGGAGGAUUUGGAUGUCGAGGCGAUGCUGGAGGCGCCAUACAAAAAAGGGAUGGAGCAGGACUCCUCAUCCAAAGACAAAUCUUCCAAGGAGAAUGGGUCUAGCCGCAAAUCGUCUGGGAAGAGCAAACAUCGUUCUCGUUCCCGUUCUCGAUCGCGAGACCGCAGGGAGAAAGAUCGUCGCGAUCGCGAUAGAGACAGAGAUAAAGAUCGUGACAGAGAUCGCGAUCGUGGUGAUCGUCGACGCAGAUCAAGAUCGAGAGAUCGAAGAGACCGUGACAGAGACAGAGACAAUGACAGAGAUAAUAGGGAUCGACGGGAUAGAGAUCGGGAUCGAGAUAGAAGAAGAAAACGAUCGCUUACACCGAUUACACUUCCCCGAGCAAGACCACCAUUUGGAAAAGGUGUCAGUCCCCUUGGGAUUAGAAACGAUGAGUUGACGCCAGAAGAGCGCGAUGCUCGUACAGUAUUUUGUAUGCAACUAAGUCAGCGCAUACGUGCACGCGAUUUAGAAGAAUUCUUCUCUAGUGUUGGUAAAGUUCAAGAUGUCCGACUUAUUACUUGCAACAAGACAAGGAGGUUUAAGGGUAUAGCGUAUGUUGAGUUCAAAGAUCCGGAAAGCGUUACACUGGCACUCGGAUUAUCGGGUCAAAAGUUAUUGGGUGUUCCUAUAGUAGUACAACACACUCAAGCUGAAAAGAAUCGUAUGGGCAAUUCAAUGCCAAAUCUUAUGCCAAAGGGUCAGACAGGACCAAUGAGAUUAUACGUUGGAUCUCUUCAUUUUAAUAUUACAGAAGACAUGCUUCGUGGUAUUUUCGAACCUUUUGGGAAAAUUGACAAUAUUCAAUUAAUUAUGGAUCCAGAAACUGGUAGAAGCAAAGGCUAUGGAUUUUUAACCUUUAGAAAUGCCGACGACGCGAAAAAAGCUUUAGAACAAUUGAACGGUUUUGAACUUGCUGGGAGACCUAUGAAAGUUGGUAACGUCACAGAACGUACAGAUUUAAUACAGGGACCAUCGCUUCUCGAUACAGACGAAUUGGAUCGAAGCGGUAUUGACCUUGGUGCUACUGGAAGGUUACAACUGAUGUUCAAAUUGGCCGAAGGAACCGGUCUUGAAAUUCCUCCCGCAGCUGCGAACGCGUUGAACAUGGCUCCUGUUAUGUCGACUCCACAACCACCCCCACAAGCUGCCCCGCCUAUAGCAACACAAUGUUUUAUGUUGUCGAACAUGUUCGAUCCACAAAACGAGACGAAUCCAAAUUGGGCAAAAGAGAUUCGCGACGAUGUGAUCGAGGAAUGUAAUAAGCAUGGUGGCGUGUUACACGUCUACGUGGAUCAAGCCUCUCCUCAAGGCAACGUUUAUGUCAAGUGUCCAUCAAUUGCGACGGCGGUAGCGGCCGUUAAUUCGUUACAUGGUCGAUGGUUUGCGGGACGAGUAAUAACGGCCGCGUACGUACCAGUUGUGAACUAUCAUUCGCUAUUUCCGGACGCGAUGACCGCGUUACAGUUACUGGUUCCAAGCGCGCCAAGAAGAGGAAUGUGAUCCUAAAAGCCGUUGUGAGAGGCGAGUUACGAAUGUAUAAAUUCUUAUAGUAUUAUGUUUUUUCUUACCGAUUUUAGAGAAAAGAACUGUUAUUAUUAUAACACGUAAUCACUUUGACACAUCAUUUCAAGUCGCUGUUCGAAUUAUCAAUCGCGAAAGUACAGAACAAACGAGAGCAAUCCCGUGUACACGCAAACUCCUUCGAUAUUCGUAAGCGCAAUUGUUCUUUUUUACAUCGAAGCGAGAACAUAUGGUAAAUCAUCUGCAACGAGAAUCGAUCGUAUUUAUUCAAUAAAAAAUCCUCGGAAGCACUUUGUCGAACGUCAGUAAUCUUGACCAAUUAAUACACGACAACACCGGAGGUAUUGCCCUUGAUAUACAUGCUCUGGAUGGAUACACUUACACAGGGGUACGAAAUUUCCCCUUAAAAAUAGUUAUUUAUUAACACAGUACAAUGAUUUAAGAGUAUUACGUGUGUUGUGUUCACGUAUCGUUAUAUUUAACAGAUUCAGCGCAACCAACCGAAGGUAUACUGGGGCUUCAAUUGCCUUAUUUAUCAUCUAUAUUACAAAAGGGCGACGGAAAACUGUCUAUUAAACAAUUGCCUAUUGUCUAUUUCUUCGUAAAGUUGAACGAUUUUUGGCGCUUAACCCGUUAAAGCAAAAGCAAAUAUUAACGAUAAAGUGAAACCAUUGCGUAUGUUAAUGCAUAUAUUGUGGUGGAAUUUUCUUCACAAAUUUAUCGUAACGUCAAAACUCGCAGCAAAGGUUGUUUCUUUAGGAAAAACAUAGACUUGUUAUAUAUUGGUAAAAAAAACGCGUAAAAUAUUGCGAGAAUGAAAGAGAAGGGGUCUGCAGGCAACUAACAUUAUCGAUAAGAUUCUUCUUUCGUUUUGGUACAAUCGAUAAUAUGACAAAUAUUUUUAACAAUGUUAAUUUUCUUGAAACGGAUACAAACUGACGCGAAGCUAAUGUUCAGGGCACUAAUUUACGCGCGUACUUACUAUUUCUGUGUAUUUAUUAUAUACACAAUUACAUAAUGGCCUUCGUUUUAAUCAUAAAAUGUCUGCAAACUUGUCCUUAACAUUGUGAAAUUAUUUAUUUAUUUAGAUAAAUAAAUUAUUCACGAAUGUUUUUAAUUAUAAGGAAGCAAUUUAAAUGAUUAAUAUAGAGGUGUUCGUGUUAGAAAAUACGCAUAGUAUACAUUUUCAAAUUCAUAUUUACAACGCUUACACAUGGGAGUUUCUAAUGUCAUAAAAUAUUAACGAAUUGUCGGUCCGGAGCUCGUUGCUGUGUUACAACUGCCUGUAGAAACACGAAGCGUGAAAAAGAUUUCGUAAAUAAAUUUGUCAAAUUAACAUGCUUUCGUUAUUCCUGCAGACCUCUAUUUACUUGAGAAUCAAAUACGAUAAUCUGUAUAAAGUGUUUUGUAAAUUAACACGAACUGUUCGUAGAUAUAAACAAUGCUGUAACUUCGUAUUAUUGAAACGUGGGUGUACACUUCGAUAAUUAUAAAAGUAAAAUUAAUGUGAUACGUUAUGUGGAUAUGAAAUCCUCCUCUAGUAUACAUAUUGUAAAUGCGCAAACAUACUUCUCUGACAUUUGUUCGUUCAUACACGUGAU